AAGGGUCUCUCGCUGUGUUUCCGGUCUCCUCGGCCAGCCUGCUGACGUCACCGUCAGUCCCAGUAUAAACACGGACGGUCCAGAGCGCUAUGUUAAUAAGCAGCUUCAGGCCUCCAAACACGGACGAACAGAGCUGUCCGGAAACAAACGGCCCUAGCCGGAGGAGCUGGCGGGGUUCUCCCGGGGCUGGCGCUCAGUCUGGGACUGUAGGGACACGUUUGGCUGGAGCUGCGCAGAUAACGGUCCGAACCAGAGCCGUGAUUUCCCGCUACAUUACCGACAGUAACGGACACUCCUCCGCCCGGGGUUCGGGACAGCACACGCCGCUUUGUGUGGGUGUUACAUGGAAAAGAAGCGCCAUGGAGUUUCAGCGGAGCCUCUCCCAGUGCUCGGACACGGUGAGGUAACGGGAGCGGGACGGGGUUGCCUCACACACACACAUCAGACAGCAGCAACCUGUUGCUGGUUGCCGGUGACGCAGAGAGGAUGAGCGGGACUACCGGGCUGUUGCUGCUACUGCUCAGCGGCCGUGCUGCGUUCAUCGUCUGCCGGUCCCUGAACGCACCCCAGGAUGUGGGGAGUCUGUCUCGGGACGGACAGACGGACGGUACCGACAGUCUGACAGGUGUGGACAGACGCCAACGCCCGCUGCUGGCAAAAACUCGCCCCUUCGUUCUGGUGGACGGGCGGAGACGGAGCCUCGCGGAAGCUUUCCGGGAUGGCCACCCUGACAGGCUGCAGUGUGGGCUGGAGGUGGGAGGAAGACUCUUCCUGCUGGAGCUGGAGAAGAACCACGACCUGCUGCCCAAACCGCCAAACGUCUUCUACUACCUCCCCAACGGUACCGGAGUGUCUGUAACGGCCAACCCUGUGACUCACUGUUAUUACCACGGCAGCGUCAGAGGAUUCCCCCAGUCCAGAGUGGCUCUGAGCACCUGCUCGGGACUCCGUGGCAUCAUCGCCCUGAACGCCACCCUGAGCUUUGAGCUGCAGCCACAGGAGGAGCACAACCAUCACCACCACCAGGCGAGGGAGGAAGAGGAGGAGGAGGGUGCAGGAGGAGAGAGUGGAGGAGGAGGCAGAAAUGGAGGUAGUGGAGGAGGAGGUGAUGAUGAUGAAGGAGGAGUCCACCUGCUGUUCUCCACCACCCCCCUGGAGGAUGAUGCUGCAGGAGGCUGUGGAGUGUCGCACACCGCCGUCCCCCCCAUCCACAGCUCCACACACACACACAGGACGAAGAGAGACAUCCUGUCUGAGACCAAAUACAUCGAACUGGUGCUGGUGGCCGAUCACCAGGAGUUUCUGAAUUACCAGAAGAACAAUAACACCAUCAUCUACCGCAUGCUGGACGUGGCCAACCAGGUGGACUGGUUCUACCGUCCCCUGAACGUCCGCGUGGCGCUCACGGGUUUGGAGAUCUGGAGCGACCGCGACAAGAUCCGUGUGGAGAAGAGCCCGACCGACACCCUAAACAACUUCCUGGAGUGGAGGACCAGAGACCUGCUGCCACGCCUUCGCCACGACAACGCCCAGCUCGUCAUGGGCGGGUCCUUUGACGGCACCACAGUGGGGAUGGCGUCUCAGUCAUCCAUGUGCUCCAGAGACAGGUCGGGCGGAGUCAACGUGGAUCACCUGGUCAGUGUUCUGGGCGUGGCUUCAACUGUUGCUCACGAGCUAGGUCACAACCUCGGGAUGAGCCACGACACCGCGGAGCGCCACUGCUCCUGCCAGAACGAGCCGCGGCUCGGGGGCUGCAUCAUGGAGCCCUCAACCGGGUUCAUGCCGGGUCAGCAGUUCAGCAGCUGCAGCGCUGCUGAUCUGUCCGUCAGCCUGCUGCACGGCGGCGGCAUGUGUCUGUUCAACGUGCCACAGCCGGAGCAUCUGCUGGGAGGACCUCGCUGUGGAAACCUCUACGUGGAGAAAGGAGAGGAGUGUGACUGCGGCCUGCUGGAGGAGUGUGAGGACCCCUGCUGUAACGCCUCCACCUGUAAGCUGGUUCCUGGAGCUCAGUGCUCGUCUGAUGGUAUCUGCUGCCAGGACUGUAAGCUGCGAGCGGCGGGUUCGGUGUGUCGUGAGCCUCUCGGGGAAUGUGAUCUCCCUGAGUAUUGCACAGGCUCCUCCCCCUACUGCCCCCCCAAUGUAUUUCUGCAGAAUGGGGAACCCUGUGAGGAGGGCGCCUCCUACUGCUAUGGAGGAGUCUGCGCCAGCAUGCACACCCAGUGCCAGACGCUGUGGGGACCCAAUGCCACCAGCGCUCCCGCCGUCUGUUUCUCGUCUGUGAACAAAAAGGGAAACAAAUAUGGAAACUGUGGUCAGCUGACCAACGGCUCCUACAUCCCCUGCAGGAACUCGGACGUUCACUGCGGCAGGAUCCAGUGUCAGGGUGGGAGGGACCGCCCCCUGCUGGGCACCAACGCAGAGAUCCUCACCACCAGGGUCCACUUCAACAACAGCGACCUGGUCUGCAGAGGCACCUUCUUCCACCUGGGUGACGAUGUGUCCGACCCCGCCACCGUGGCCCACGGCACCGCAUGCGGCCGCAGCAAGGCCUGUUUGAACCAGAAGUGUCAGGAUGUGUCAGUGUUCGGCGUGGACGAGUGUCGCAGGAAAUGCAACGGCCACGGGGUGUGUAACAGCAACAGGAACUGUCAUUGCGAGGUGGGCUGGGCUCCGCCCGACUGCAGGUACUCGGGUCACGGCGGCAGCGUGGACAGCGGCCCGGCCCGAGCGGCUCGAGAAUCGGAUCCCGUCCGAGUCGCCCUGCUUGUCAUCUUCCUCUUCAUCCUGCCGGUGGUCCUCCUCUUCCUCGCUCUCCGUUUCCCUGGUUUCCGUCGGCGUCUCUUCUGCUUGGGACUGAACAGUCCAUUUCAUAAAGCUCGACAGCACAACCGUGUGGCUGACUGUGAGAUGUGGGGUUUGGAGGUAACGCCCACCCACGUCUCCAGGACUCCGGCGAUGGAGCGAGUGGACGGCAGGAACGGAGAGCAGGUCCGACCUCUCAGAUACCACCUGAACCCUCAGACGGACAUCCCGCUGACCCCGCCCCAAAAAGAGACGGCCUCCUCUUCCUCCGCUGCGACCCGCCGUCCCUCUGAAGGUGGAGUCCUCUCCUCCGCUCUGACUGAUCACAGAGCAGCUGAAGGUGGAGACGAUGGAGAUGAUGGAGACUCGCUGUCACCGGAUUUCAUCCUCACGAGUAUAAAUAAGCUCUGCUGUAUCUCUGGAGUUCAGUGCCUUGCUCAGCAGCACCUCGGCAGCGGUUAAUGUGGACGUUUGGGUGAUGUCACGCUCAUUCAGUGCCUUCCUUAAAGACCCUCGCACCGACCUAUGAUUAGUGGUUUCCAAACUGUGGUCCGCGGCCCAUCUGCAGACGUUUUGGUUCUUUUUUUUAAGACGUCGUUUUUAGUGAAACUUUGUUUUUUUCCGCUGGAAUAAACGCGUAUCCGAGCGGACUGACUUCCUGACUGCUCCAGGAUCUUCUGAUCAACAAAGACUUGGAUGAAUGUUUGAGUGGGCAGCAGGAGACGAGUCACAGAUUUGUUACAUUUUAUUUUCUGUGCUCGGAAUAUUUUUAUGAAGAUUCCCACACACAGGCUGGAGUUACUAUUGGACAACAUCCUCGCUCUUAUUUUGAAAGCUGCACUGCUGCUGACUGGCGAGCUCCGGCCCGUGUUUCCCUACAGACGCUGCCUCUGUGUCUGCAGCUGGUGAUGACUCUGUGCUCCUCCCUCUCCUGGGGUGCACAGUGAGCUGGACGAGCGACCAAUCACACCCUGCAGCAGGUGUCCGCCACAUUCACAGGUGAGGCAGCUGAUGACAGCUCCUCCCGGCACAGAGUGGACGCAGAACAGCGAUCCGGUUCGUUAUGAUCCGUGCGUGACUUCCUGCCUCACUGAUGCCACAUAUGCAGCGUCACUGUGCAGGAAACGCCGCUGUCAGGAAGAGCGACUGCGAAUAAAGCUGUAACGCUGCUAACUGUUCUGACUUUAUUCUGAAAAUAUCUCCCUGCUAACUUUCACGUAUUCACAGGAAUAAAGUAAGACGAGGUUUUUGGCCGUCAUCACUUUGAUCUCAGAGCUUCAGCCUUUAUUUUCCAAAUAUCACAAUAAAAGAUCACGACUUUAUUACCUUGCUGUUACGUAAUGUCAGUGUGCUUUUGUUUUUUUAAGGUUUCUACUGUAAAAACGCUGCUCUGAUGACGUCAGUCUUUUCAGCUUCUGUCGUGACUUUGCAGGUUUUAUUUUUGUGCUUUUUAUGUACGUGUGUACUUUGACUUUAUUGUGAAAAUCUCUGAUGUUUUUGUCCUUGUUCUUUUCUUAAAUGUUCGCCACACCUCUCUCGCCUUCGCCCACGUGUUUCUACACCUGCUGACUGUUUAAUUUGCUGGAUUGUGUUUUUUAUUUUCUGACCCGCCUUGAGAUCAGAGACAGCAGGAAUGUGCGCCGAUAGUUUGUAACGUGACGCCAAAGAAACGCUGGGAGACUAAAGCGAUGAAGAUUCAGAGGAAGGUUGACGUGAGCUGCUAAAGGAGCAGUUCGCAGUUUAACCAUCGCCUCGUUGCCUUCUCGCUCGCAGCUGUGUGACGUGCUUUAAUUUAAAGACAUCCGAGAAAACGUGACUGUUAACUUUUUGUAGUUUCUGUCUUUGGAGGUGGACCGAGCGGUCCCCAGUCACCCCGAGUGGGUUGGGGGUUUGAUUCCUCAGCCUGUGUGCCUGGUAUUAGAUUAAACUGCAGUGACUUUAAUAAAAGAAAGUCUGACGCCUCAACUUCAGUUGUUUUGUCCCAACAGUGAAUAAAUGUUUCUAGUUAGUGUUCAGUAGAACAGACAGCUGCUGUAUUCAGAGCAGAUUCACAUAAACCUGCAGUAAAAUAAACAUAUCAAUAAAAUAUAUAUAUUUGAAAAAGCCUGGCCUUUCUUCUAGGAUAAGAGCGGACGUGCACUUUUUUUCAUUUAUCAUGAAAGACAAAUGCAAGAAGCACGGAGGGUAAAACCUCCGAGUCUGAAGCCUCCAGCUGUCGUCGGGGUUUGAGUGACUGAAGAAUCUGGUUAUUCCUCCUGCUUCACUAGAAUGAGCAGAACCUACAAAAUGCACUUUGCUUUUCUCAGUUUGACCUGAGACCCUGAACUCCUCAGGAAGUGUUGCUGAGGUCAGAUCAUCUCUCAGCCUCCUGUGCAACCGCAGGAACCACAGACUGUAUAUGAAAGAGGGAUGUAGCUCGUGAUGUCACCCACUGGUUUCUGCACUUUGAAGCUUUACUGUGAGUGUUUUGGACUUGAAUGACCACAUUUGGACAAACGGUGCAGACACUGAUUCCUGUUGAUGCAGAGAGCAGAGAUCCCUGAAUGUCACUGCUUGUUAGUACGAUUACAAUAAUAAUUACAUUAAAAUGCCUCGACAGUACAAACAGAGUCACUCAGAGAGGCCGCGCCCUUUGCAAUGCAAACUUUAAGCCUUAAAUAAAUCUCAGCCCUGCAGGUCGCUGAAGCCUCGUUAAUGUUUAUGAAGCCAAACGUCAUGAAGCCUCUGAGGUCUGAUGCUGAUCCAGAUCACUUUCUUUAAAACUGUGUGAAUAAAAACAGGAAAGAGAACAAGCACACAUUCAAAGGCAGAAAGGUGAAGUCCCUGACGAGCUUCUCCUUUCUCAGUUUCUGGCUCUUUUGUUUCUUCUUCGUCUGUACUUUUUCUUGUGUUUCCAGAGGGGUGUUUUCUGUCUCCCCUGAAUUUCACAGCAGCGUCUGUUUGUCUGGCUUCUUUGUAGAAGUGAAUCUGAAUAACGUGGGGAACGAAAGCUCUCGCUUUUCCUGACGCGGGCGACUUUCUGCAGAAUUAUGAACGCCACUGUAAACAAACAGUCUCAUGGAGGAUGUGAAAACAAGACGAAGGAAAUAAAAAAGUCAGAUUCA